GUAGUCCUGGAAGUACGCAUCGCCAUCGCCUCAUUUUAAACAUGGCGGCCUCCACGUUUUUGGAUGUUUUGAGCAAAAGUAGCACUCAGCUUGAAGAUGAGUUCCUUAGUGGAAGUGACAAUGAAGAUGAACAAAGUGAUGAGGAUGAUUUUCACCACACAAAGCUGCUGGAUGCCAUUAGGUCUCUGGGAGGAAAAAAAAGGGUCACCCAGAGGACUGAGCCCAGCCAGACAGUGUCGGAAUAUAAUCUGUCACAAGCGGAGAAAGAAAAAGUACCCCCAUGGCAGCUGCUGAUGAACUUGAAGGACAGCACAGAAGCCCACCGUCAAACGAAAAAUCAGAUGCGGUCUAUGAGUCGCAACGCUGAUGUGAUGCCUUUGCCAUUGCCAAAACCGCAGCAAGAAAGGAUUGAACGUCAAGUGGCCUAUGGCAAAGUGGAAAGGGAGGUGUCCAUGUGGGAGCCCAUUGUGAAGAAGAACCGCUUGGCUGAACAGAUGGUGUUCCCUCUGACGCAACCUGAUCUAAGAAUGCAGCCGACUGAAAAAUUUGUUCAACGCUUCAAGCCAAAAACAACCCUUGAGCUGGAAGUUGAGAAGCUGCUGAAAGGGAGUGAUCAUGUUCUGCAUGACAAUGCUGAGCUCACCCCUGCUGAAGAAAGGGCUCUAUUAGCAAUGAGUGUUGAAGAGGCUCAGGAAAGACACAAUGAGCUGAAAAAGAUGAGAGCCCUUUUGUCCUACCAAGAAAUGAAGGCCAGAAGACAGAACAAGAUUAAGAGCAAAAAGUAUCAUCGCAUCCUGAAGAAAGAAAAACUGAAAAACCAGAUGAAGGAAUUUGAAGAACUGAAGGAGAAAGAUCCAGAACUUGCUUUGCAGAAACUACAAGAACUGGAAAAACAGAGAAUUUUGGAACGGGUAUCCCUGAGGCACAAAGCCACUGGGAAGUGGGCUAAGCAACAAAUGCUUAGGUCGAAGUACAAUCAGGAGAGUAGAGAAGCACUCCUCAAACAACUGGAACUCAGUCGACAGCUCACUCGUAAGGUUAACGUUGCUGAAUCGGAAGACGAAGAGGAGGAGGACAGCGUUCCUGAAAAAUCCACCGUGCCAAGUGAACCAAGCGGUCUCGAGUCUACGUUUUUUACAUCUUCUAAUCCCUGGUUAAAAAAUCUGCACACCUCUGUCAACGUUGACGGUGACGGAAGAGACGGCACACCAAGUGUUCCCACUCAGGGAGAUGAAGAUUUGAGGGAAGGUACCAAUGAGGUAGAUGAUGUGGCGAGCACCGAAGUGGGCAAGGACACAGGAAAGGUGGCUAAGACAGAUACCAGGAAUAUUGAAGUAGUUGAUAAGCCUCAUGGUGAAGAUGUUAGCAGUGAAGCAGAUGCACUACGCACUAGUGCCUCAGAUACAAAAGAAGGAGGGCAGCUGCUCGAAGCCACUGGAAAACACGACAGUAAUACAGAUGAAGAGUUAAGAAAGCGAAAUGUGAAGAAAACUGGAGGUAAAAGACGCGUCACUGAAGAAGUGUCUGAGCCAUCUGGGGUGCGUCCUGCAGAUCCUGCGAGCAGUAAAAGUGCAGGGAAUACCAAAAGAAAAAUGACUGGGAGACAGCGGGAACAAAAUGGGCAAAAAGGGAAGCCCGAGGAGUCGUUGAACUCAAAGUCUCGUAAAAAAGCCCGUAAGAAAAGUGCAGCUAAGAAAGUCAAAGGAUUUUGCGAAGGUACUGCUGAUAUUGAUGAUCUGUUUGACAAGCUCCAAGACAAAAAUACGAAGAAAGUAGCUUCUGAUCAUCCUGUUGAGGACAAAGAAAGUGACGACGAGCAGCAGUCGAGAGCCGUGACAGAGACAGGUGCUGAGUCUCAAGUUAACGUUGAGCCAAUGCUGGACGAAUCAUUAACGAGGAAACGGACGUUAGAAGACCUAGAAGACGACGCAGUGGAGGUUGUGGAGCAGGAGAGUGCGUCACCAGUACAGCAACCAGCAAAAAGCGAUGACCAGAAGGAGAAGAAACACAAGAACGUCGAAGUUGAUCCAACAAAGUUCAUGGAUGUGACACCCACUGCACUCAAGUCGAAAGGUCUUGACCUUCAAGGUCCAGGUGAUGAAGUGCUUGAUGACGACGAAGAGGAAGACCAAGCAGUUACCAUCAGCGAAGCUUUUGCAGAUGAUGAUGUCAUCAGUGCUUUUCAAGAGGAGAAGGAAGCUCAAGUGAAAAAAGAUAUGCCCGUUGGAGUGGACAAUUUCCUCCCUGGUUGGGGUUCCUGGGCUGGUGCAGGCAUUCGACCAGACAGACGAAAGCAGAAAAGGUUCUUCCAGAAACCUCCACCUGGUGCACCACGAAAAGAUCACGAUCUUGGUCAUGUCAUUAUCAACGAGAGGAAGGAUGAGAAAGUGGCUGCCCACCAGGUCAGCAAACUACCUUACCCCUUCAACAAUGUGAGCCAGUUUGAAGCAGUCAUCAGCCACCCAAUUGGCAAUACGUGGAACACUGAAAUGGCUUUCCGGGACUUGACUCAACCACGAGUAAUCACCAGGCAGGGUGCAAUUAUAGAGCCUAUUGAGGCGUCCAACACACUUUUGAAGAAAAAACUGCGUGCCAGAAAGGGUCUGCCUCAAGCAGAUGGGAGAAAAGCACAGAAAAACAUUGCACAGCGGAAGAAAAAGUAAACCAUGUGAAUCAUCUGCACAUAAAAUGUAUCAACUGACA